GGACAAGAGCCUCAUUAUCUGAUUAGUUGCAGACUGUGAAGGAAGUUGUUACCUCACCACUGGAUAAGGACAGACAACAUUGGAGAAUGAAACUGAUACAGGAAGCUGAGGAUGGAGCAAACGACAGAAAGUUCAUAAAAUCUCAAGUGGAGAAACGUCGAAGGGAGAGGAUGAACCGCAGUCUGGAGUGUCUGAGGACCAUGUUGCUUCAGCAGCCACAACAACCGGGUGGGACUCAACCCAGAGUGGAGAAAACUGAGAUACUGGAGCACACAGUGCUCUUCCUACAGAACACCGCCAAAAGAGACAACACAAGAGCUGGAGGUGAAGGCCAGAAACACUCCUUUCAAGACGGCUUCUCCACCUGCCUACAGAAAGCCGCUCAGUUUCUAGGACCUGAGGGGAAAGGCCUGUGGCUUGGAGCAGCUCUGGAUGCAUCUUUCACUGCUCGUUUAACCCGCUCAGACUCUGAUUCUGCAGGUGCCCAAAGGAGAAGUGAAGCCCAGUUCUCCAGCUCUCUGCCACACACAAAGUCCAUCCUCCGGAUGCUGAGGCAAAAGUCCAAACACAGAUUACAUACACGUGCCUUUGGUGUGAACAGUUUUGCUCAUCCCUACCAACUUCCAGUCCAGCAAGGGUUUCCUAGAGUUCCCCAACAGCCUCAGAGACACAGUCAGCUUGACAUCAGGGUGGAGAGACGAGCGAGCAAGCAGAGCUCGUCUCAGAGCCUCCCAGUCAGCCAGACUUUGUGGAGGCCCUGGCCUUGAUCACCACAAAGUGACUUCUCAAAGUGAACUUUUAAUGAGUGUAACAAUCUAUGGCCUCUAGUUCUCUGAUAACUCAUAGCAAUGUUGGCAUUCAACCGCAACGUCAAAGCCUGUAAAUAAUGUAAAAAUGUCAUUUAUACAUGUGCUGUAUGUGUGAUAGGGUUAACUCACUACUCUUGUUUAAUACUUUUGAAUGAGCUCAGUCAGUGGGGCAGCCAUCUAUUCUGCUGACAGGCACAGGGACUCUCCCAGACUGGGAUGGAUGUGACAUGAGCUGGAUCAUCAAGCUGGCCAGCUGGGACUGCUGCUGUGCUUUAAAAGCAAGUUUAGAGGUGUGGGACUUCAGGGUUCGAGGCUGGAAGAACCCCAUGCAGCCCCUCACAUCCACCCGUGUGCCAUUAUGUCUGCUGGCAUGAAUGACAUCUGUGGUUCUGUGUACGAUAUAACUUGUAUUCACUUUAUAUAUAUAUCUUGUAUAUUUUGCACACUAAUUUAUUCUGGAUGUCUCCCUAUGGAGAGCAAUAUACUUUUUUAUCAAAAAACAAAUAAAAAAAAAAACAUUUCAAAUGAAA